AUGAGGUCAAGACAAGCCGCUAUGGUGAAAUCGGUAGACACGCUGCUCUUAGGAAGCAGUGCUAGAGCAUCUCGCACAAUAAUAGGUCCAAGUGCUAUUUUUUCCCAGGGUUUUGCUACCUCGGGUCUUUUAACUGAAAUACACGAAUCCACUAUAUUAGUACCCGCUCUUCAAUCCGAGUGGUUAAUAAUGCACGUAAGAAUUCUUUCUGGAGCAGUAUGGGCUAACGAAGCAUGGGGAUCCUAUUGGAGUUGGGACCCAAAAGAAACUUGGGCCUUUAUUACUUGGAUCAUAUUUGCAAUUUAUUUACAUACUCAAACAAAUAGAAAAUUGAAGGGUACAAAUUCAGCAAUUGUAGCGUUUAUUGGAUUUCUUGUAAUUUGGAUAUGCUAUUUUGGAGUAAAUCUAUUAGGAAUAGGAUUACACAGUUAUGGUUCAUUUACAUUAACCUCUAAUUAA